AAUACUGAAUGAGUAUCUAGCAGCAUGCGAGCCUUCGUACGGUUUGGUAUUGCUUGUAAAAUUUAUAAAUUAAGACUAAUAAUUAGAUUACAGCUGAAAAUCGAGAAUAUGAGGUGACUGUUGCCCAAGUAAAGUGGAGUUUUCCUGAAGCGGACUAUGUAUAUUGCGGUCAAUAAAUCUUAUUCGUAUACUGUAUUUAGAAGUUAAUGAGAUUUCAAGAAAUUUUUAUUUUAAAUGUAUGUCGUUGUACAGAGGAAUCUGAAUCAUCAUCUUUGUCGAUAGCCAAUUUGUUAUCUCAGAGACAAAAAAAUUACAAUGAUAUUUACUCCAAUGCCGAGACUUGGCCCCGAGUCUGAUGAAAAAGACUCGAUUGUCAUUGAAGAUACUCAAGAAGAAAAGAUAGCGUAUUACUUCGCAGUUCCGUUGGCUGCAGUAGCGUUCAUAGUGAUUCUUGCCGUAUUGUUAUGCAUGAGCAGACAACGUGAUCAAGUGCACGAAAGAAGAAGACAGACAAUUGAUAUACAAGAAGGCGUUCGCGACAACGAUAACUGGGAAACGAGAGUUUUACCUCCCAAUCAAGUACAAGAUAAUAGACCCGGCACCGCAGCAAUUCCUCCGGUAACGCACAAAUUGCUGAAUUCGUCCCAAGUUCCAAAAACUGUUUCUUCAUCACCCGGAUAUACGAACGUAACAUUUGAGUCAUCAGAGACACCAGGAACGUCGAACACGGGACACGUUACAACUCCUCCAAGACUGCAUCAUAACAAAGUCCGUCCUGUCGGGCAGGCACUUCCUAUCAUGAUAGCUACACCACAAACUAUGGCAAGAAACGCUAAUCAAGGUUAUCCCAGUGCCAAUAGAAUGAACAAUCUGAGUAUGUCAAAGGGACGAAGUAAAAGCGAUGUUGACAGUAAAAACUUACACCGUAUUGAACCCAGGCAGAAUCCCGACAGAAGCUUUUCAAUUGCAAAUUCUUUAGAUGUAUCGCCCGCCUUUCGGAGAUUGAAAUACAACACGUUAGGGUCGCGACGUUACGCUGGCCAAGACGGCGUACAUCGAAAGGUGCCGCCAUCUCAUCUAUAUCCAAAACCAGCGGGGACUGAAGAAGUCCAAUUAAGUAACUAUAAAACACUAAAAACUGAUUUCAACUACGAGAUAGUCGAAAAACCUCCCGCAGAUUCUAGUAUACACCACUCGGUAACUUCUAGAUAUAAUACUUUGGAAGUAACGCCAAGAGCAAUUAGAGCCAGUCAACGGAGACGCGAAGACGAACAAGAGUGGGCUAGGAACAACUUCCUCACAACAGAGAAACAAAAAUCCAAACAUCGACACAAAUUUUCAACUCUUCGCCGACCAAAACUUUCGAUCCUGUCCGUUAGCGAAACAUUGGGAGAUUCUAGGUCGGUUGAAGACAGUAGUCUUUAUGCGAGUAACCUAUCACUGAAUUCAAUCGUUAGAAAACGCUCUUCAAGAACCUUGACCCCAUCUCCGUAUAAACUACAAGUAAAAAAUUCCAUCAGACCAAAUCGCAAAAUUGAAUAUAAAGAUGGUUUCAGAAGGAAAAAGACAAGUAUUCUGGUAGGAAGAUCUCACAGGCGAAAACUGAAUCGACAGUCUACGGAAUUAGAGUUGGACAUUAUAGAAUCACCUUCUUCUUAUUUAGGAUUUGAAACCCCACUCCCCCCACCUCCAAGUGCUUUCAUAGAAGAUGGCAUUACAUCAGGAAAUAGCAAAGCGAAAACUCUCGCUCGGCCCAACCACUAUGAUGCGCCACGCGUUCCUGUUACGAAUGUAUCUGAGACCAACGCAUUUGCAAAUGAGAACGCGUUUAAGGUUGCGGAGCAAAUGUCAACGGAAAGUGAAAACGAUUAUGAAGAAAUAGAAGCUACUGUACCUACCACUGAUGCAACUCUAAAUAAAUCAAAUGGAGGUCGUCCAGCAAUUAAACCAUCUCAUCAUCAACCAGAGGAUCGCAAGAAACAGAAAAAAUCAAGAAGUGAAACUCUUCGUAUUGUUCUGGCUCUGACAUUAAGUCAAAGAAGGCGACGCAGUGAUGCUACGGGGUCCAGUUUAUUUAACGAGAUUGAAAACAAAAAGAAUGUUCUGAUAGGUCGAAUAGUUGACGGAUAUUUGAUUCCUAUUGAACCAGCUCAAGAUCCGGUUUAUGUUGAGUUUUCAUCCUAUGACGCAAACUUGUCGGGAAACGGGCCGACUCUUAUAAAAACCGAAAGAUUGAAACAUACUGGGAAGCGUGUAAAAAGACGAAUGAACUCGCAGACUAUAAAUAACUUUUUCUCGAAGAAAUUUAAUUCCAGGAAACGCCAAAACUUGAAAAAUUAUGGAAAUAAAAAUCAUAAUCAAUUGGGCAACCAAACCAAAGUUCGACAGUCUUCUACAAAUGCAGUAAAACGGGCAGUCGAAGAAGAUGGAAGUAAAAUCAAAGGAAACAAACAGUCGCAUCAAAACGAGCAAAAGGCAUGGGCCUUUCCGGAUAAAAAGAAAGUGAUCUAUGUGCCAAAGCACAAAAAGAAACGAGAAGGUAAAAAAAAUAAAAACAAAGAAUUGAAAAAAACAAUUAAGUUAGUUGGGAUUGACAACAUGGACGAAAAUUCAUAUUGGACUAUUCCUCAGUUACAAUCGGAAUUGUAAUAGGAAAACUCCAAUCAAUAAAUGAUAGGUAGUCCGGUUUGAUAGAAACGGUAUUUAUUAUAUAGCGUCAUUUGUUAAAUGUCACUAAAUAGCAAUUACGUAACAAUAGUGUAAUUUUUCUUUCUUUAUUAUAUGCAGUAUACCAUGUAGACUAAGAUUUUCACAUUUGGCUUCUCGGUGAAAAGACGGUGACCGUACAUUUGAACCGAAAAGACACAUUCUGACAUUUUUCCAGUCUUCGUUACACAAUAUUACACAAGUACAACCGCAUGUCCAAUAAUGUAAUCUUCAGAAAUA